AUGUCUCCAGGACGUGCCUUCUCUAACACUGGUGUAGAUUACGCUGGACCAGUGUCCAUCAAGACAUUGAAGGGGCGUGGUCAUAAAACCCAAAAGGGUUGGUUAGUGAUCUUCGUUUGCAUGGCCACGUCAGCACUUCAUCUGGAAGCUGCCACCGACUACUCUGCUGAUGGGUUCAUCGCUGCCUAUCGGAGAUGCGUGAGUCGUCGAGGUCAUUGCAGGAACCUCUUCAGGGAUUGUGGAACGAAUUUCGUUGGUGCAGACAAGGAGUAUAAGAGGUUGUUCUCUGCUGGAUCAAAGGAGUUCCAGCAUAUCUCAGCAGUUUGCCUGCAAGAUGGUACUCGGUGGUCUUUCAAUCCACCUGGGGCCUCUCAUUUUGGAGGAAAAUGGGAAGUAGCGGUAAAAUCAGUGAAGUAUCAUCUCUCUCGAAUGAUUCGGGAUACUGCACUGACGUUCGAGGAACUCUCUACACUGCUUACCCAGAUUGAAGCUGUGCUCAACUCCAGACCUCUACAGGCUCUGGAUUUUUUGAUUGGAGAAGCUUCAAUAGCUCUAGCGGAACCUUCACUGGACCAUCUCAACGUUGGACGGCUGUCAAGAUGGCAACUGAUUCAGCAGAGGCUGCAGUAUUUCUGGAAGCAGUGGUCUACAGGAUACCUGCAGCAGCUUCAGUCCAUAUCCAAGUGGCAUCAUCCGUCCAACGAUAUUCGCAUCGGCUCUGUGUUUCUGCUCUCCGAUGAGAGGUUCCCGCCAGCGAAGUGGCCUCUAGCUCGGGUCACAGCUCUACACCCUGGGAAGGAUGGUCUCUCCAGAGUUGUGACCAUCAGGACAGCAACGACGACAUUAAUUCGGCCGAUCUUCAAGCUGGUUCCGUUGCCAAACUCUACCAGCUGA